CACAUCAUACGUAAAUAUUGUACUCUUCCUAUCAUACCUUAUUUUAUAACUUAAACAUCUCUCUCUCUCUCUUCUCUCUCUCUCCAUGGCUCUAGAUCACAAACAACCCAACACUCCUCUUCAAACCAGCAUGAUAACAUGGCAGCCCCGCCGCAGGAUCUCCCUAUUCAGACGGAGGAAGGUACAAACGGUGAGGCUAGGCGGCAAGUCACCACGGCGGCGAUUAAUUGGUGGGAUAGUUAGAAUAUUUAGAAGGAUGCGUGUAAAGUGGCUUAAGUUACAAUAUCUUAAGCUGUUGAAACGGCUUAAGGAACAUUACAAGAACCUUGUGAGUGAUCUUAUUGAAGCUGGUGCUACCGUUGAAACUUUUCACCAACGGCUUUUUAUGGAAAGCACUUUUGCUAUUCCUCUUGGUGUUAACUUAUCUACUUAUCCUUCUCGUUUUGGAUCAGAUCACCCUCGAACUAUCUUCAUGUAAAUUAUCAAGUCUUUUUUUAAUUAUUUUCUAUAUAUAUGUAUGCAUAUAUAACAAGAAAAAGGAAAUUCAAGUCCUGUUGGAAAUUUUUCUUUUAA